UGCGAGCAAACUAAGUGUUUCACAAUGGUUGGGAGCAAAAGUUUCUUAUCAUUGACAAUUACAUUCAGUUUGCUGCUUCAGCUACAACUCGGUAGCACUGACAAUCAAUAUACGGACUAUGUAUUUCUCUUCGAUAAUGAAGACAUAUUUGAAGAUUGUCCUGAAAUGCCGGACAAUCACGGUAUUGACGCUGCCUUGAGUACCGAUAAUCUGGAGUUUGAUCUUAACGAAGAAUAUCUGGUGGAUGUGAGCGGCAACAGCACUGUUGUGUGGGAAGGUGUACAGCCGAGCGAUCGCAUUGAAUUUAGAGCUGACAUGUAUCAAGAAGUUGGUGGUUUGGGUUGGCUGCUUACGCCCUUUUCCCUCGUUUCGGAGGAUUUGUGCAUCGAGCUUUUUGAAAAGGACACACUAUUUUAUAAAGUAUGGGGCCAACACGUUCCGAAGGAUGAACAAAAAUGUUUUAAUGUUUUUGGACACACCUAUCACUACGAGCCUUUUGCUGUGAAGCUUACGUUUGAUGGGCGCAACUUAUUUGGUCGCUAUAAAAUCGUCGGAAGGAUGGAGGCAUUUGAUGAACAGGGUGUUAAGAGGCCGAAGACAAUUUGUUCUGAAGUUACAGGCGAAAUUACAUAUGCAUAACAAACAUCUACAUAAAUAACUAAAGGUGUUUUUUUUGUAAAAUGCUUUGUAUGCUCUAUUUCAAUAAGGCAACAAUAUUAUUUCUUUAUUUUCUAAAAGUGAAUUACGUUUUAAUACAAAAUUCGAUUAGUCUG